AUGUCCAGAAGAAACUACACUGAAGUGACAGCAUUUAUUCUUUUGGGUCUAACAAGCUGCCCAGAGCUGCAAGUUGCCUUCUUUGUGCUGUUCCUUUUGGUCUACAUAGUCACUGUGAUAGGAAACUUGGGCAUGAUUGUUUUACUCAAAGUUGAUUCCAGACUUCACACUCCCAUGUACUUUUUCUCAAGUUUGUCUGUGUUAGAUCUGUGUUUCUUCACGAAUGUCACUCCCAAAAUGCUAGAGAAUUUCUUAUCGGAGAGGAAGACCAUCUCAUCCACAGGUUGUUUGGUACAAUGCUAUACUGUCAUUGAUGUGGUCCUUACAGAGCACUGCAUGCUGGCCAUCGUGGAGUAUGACUGCUACAUGGCCAUCUGUAAUCCACUGCUGUACAGUAGCAAGAUGUCCAAGAGUGUCUGUGUCCACCUGGUCAUUGUCCCUCAUGUCUAUGGCUUACUCCUAAGUGUGAUGGAAACCUUGAGGACCUACAACCUGUCCUUCUGUGGUGCUAAUGAAAUUAACCAUUUCUACUGUGCUGACACCCCUCUUAUCAAGCUGGCAUGCUCUGACACCUACAGCAAACAGUUGUCGAUGUACGUAGUAGCUGGCUACAGCAAUGUCCAGUCCCUCCUGAUCAUCCUUACCUCCUACAUGUUCAUCCUUGUUGCCAUUCUCAGAAGCCAUUCUGCAGAGGGGAGAAAAAAGGCUUUUUCCACAUGUGGCUCCCAUCUCACUGUGGUCACCGUCUUUUAUGGGACCUUCUUCUGUAUGCACUUAAGAUGCCCCACAGAGGAAUCUGUGGAGGAGGGUAAAAUGGUGGCUGUGUUUUACACCACAGUGAUCCCCAUGUUGGACCCCAUGAUCUAUGGUCUCAGAAACAAGGAUGUGAAAGAGGCCUUGAUCAAAGCAAUAGGGAAACAAAAACUGGGGAAAUAUAAGUGUUAA